AUGACUGGUCAAAACAAUAUGGCGGAGUUCUAUGGCAGUAGUGCCAACUAUGAAUCUCAGGCAAAAAUGAGUUUCAGAGCGUUUGAAAUAGCACCAGUGAUCGAGCGAAUAGUGACUACUUCUGUAGAUAGACCAAAAACGGUAAGUUGACUUUGUAUAUCUCUUCUUUUCACCCAUAAAAUAGAUUGAAACACGAUGAAUCGAUUGCCAUAGAGCUAUUUAUUUUUAUGAAAUUAAUUAAUUCCAAAGAUAUCUAUUUUUGAGAAUGCUGCAUGAUAAAGCUGAAGAUUUACUAUUCAUGCCUCUUACGAUUUGUUUACCUGUGAUCAACCCUUCUACAUGUAUUUCUGAAUGUUAAAAACUGACCGAUCCUAAGGUACCGCUCGGCGUAGAUCUAAAUGGGCAACGUAAACUGCACAAACUUUAAAUUGAAAAUUGAUAUAAUUUUUCAGUGCGCACUUUUGUGAAAUUGAAGAAUAUCGAGAGAGAUUUGUUGGAGUCAUCCAUUUUCAUCAGUUUUUUUAAGUAUCAGCGUUAAUCUUAUUAACUGACUGAUAACGAUGAUAAUUCCUACUAUCAAGUAUUUGUUGAUGUUGGUCAAUAUCGCGAAAGUUUUAGAAAUGAAUAUUUCUACUGGUUGCCUAUUACAGGAAGUUGUUAAGACUACUCAUCAAAUCUUUGGGAUCUGCAUGGAAUCUUGUGCAACAUUUGUUAGGGAUCCACUUUUUUUUUACCCUAUAUUCAUAACAAAACCAAUAACUUUCUGCUCUAAUGAUGACAUUUUGACCAGGUGGAGUGCCUUGAUUGUGCGGCCCAGAAUUUAUACAUUGGUACAUCAGAUUGGUAUGUAUUUUUUAAUGAAAUGUGCUUUUACCUUAUUUAAACACACACUUGAGUACCUUAACUGCAAGUUUAGUUAUAAUUGAAUGAUAGUUCAGUUAUGUGAGGAAUUUUCAUGUUUUAUUUAAUUCCUAGUAAUCAAGACUAACUGAACAGAGCUUUUGCUAUGUUUAUUUCUCAGUUUUGUCCUGAACUAUGUGAUUGAUGAAGGUGUUUCACCAUUGGGAAAGACAACAUUUCAGUCAAGACUUCAAGCUUGUAAACAUCUUGGAAUGGUUUGUUAAUGCUUAUUUUCAUUUGUGUAUGAAAAUCUGCCUUUGUCCCAAUAUCUAGCUAUGUACCUAAGUUGAAGGUUGUAAUAUCUGGGAGGCAAAGGUUUGAACCCUGCUGCUAUUUGAUUAGUUUCAAGCUUCUUUUUCCUGCAAUUUCCUCACCUGUGAGAUUUAGUCCUUAAUUACAGUAAUAAUAUUGUUAUAUGUUAUUAAUAAAUGAUGUUAUCAAUAAUAGUAGAGCUUGCAAUUGCACUGCAUAUAAAAUGUUUAGAGAUUUUUAGUUAAUAAAUGUUGCUACCUUUUCAGCCAAGAUAUUUUGAUAAUGUAAAUUUAGGAAACCAUGCUAUUGAAAAUGAUCAAGGUGGUGCUUUUUCACUCUAAGAGGUGAAUCUUGUUCCAAUUGACAGAAAAAGCCAAUACAACAAGUUUUGACAGCUCCGGCAAUAAACAGACUUCUAGUUCUGUGUGAUGGUAAGUUGAAGCCUUAUUAAUGGUGUAGAUUACUUGAACAUAUCCCAUUUGGUCCAUUGUCCUUUCUCCAUAACUCUUUACAGCCAAAUAUCAGUUUGCAAGUUCUCCAUUCUGUUCUGUACAUAUUACCUAUGGUACUUCUAAAAGAAUUUACGUAACAAUCAAGAGCUUCUUGACCUUAUGACCAUUGCUUUUAUUCUCGUGACCUUAUUGUUUUAUUUGGGAAUGAUACUGUGAGGAGAAAUAAGUUGUUUAUCACUCUCAGGGGUUAAAAGGCUAAUUUUGAAAAUCAUGACUGACAUGCAUUUUUAUUCCAUACCACUAGGUAGUAUUUUGAUGUUUACUAUGUUUGGCAUGGAGGUGAGGAUUGAUUUUUUUCCAUGAGUAUGGCUAAAGCAGAUGUUGAAGUAUAUAACUGGGUGCUUCAGUUCCCUCUCUAGUGCUCUAUAACUGUCACAGUGAAUGGCAUUCUGAAAUGACUAAAAGUGAUAAUGUGAUAGAUUAGUGUAGUCUGAUCGUCUGGGUGAGUGUAGUCAUGAUAAGGACUGUUGUUGGUAGUGGUGACUGUUGUUCGACAACCUGAGCGAAAGCAAUCAUGAGAGUCAAGGCAACAUUCACAGUCUUGAUUCAAAUGAUGACUUCUGCUCAGGUUGUUGAAACAUUAGUCAACAACAGUCCUAUUCGGGACUACACUCACCCGGACAAUCAGACUACACUACCACAUGUUGCCCUUGGGUUCAAACCAUUUACAGUAAAAGUGAUAAUCAUGAUUAAACUUCCUGCCUGUUUUCCCAGCCUGGCACCUUUUAAGCCUUUCCCCAGCUGACUAACAAAUUUGGGAAACUUGUAAUCCUGACUGGUGUAUCAUGUCCUUUGGAAUGCAGUUUUUCUCAACAUUUUGUACAUUUUGUUGCAGUUUCUGGCCACUGGAUUUAAGGACAGAUUUAAAGGGGUAUGCAUGUUUGUCUUUUACUGGCAUGGAAAAUAGUAUUCAUUCCAUUUUCAGAAAUUCCAGCGAUUGGCUGUUAUUGUUAUUAUUAAUAGUUCAGGUAUUUAAUAUUAUUGUUAUGUUUUCCACAGAUGUGUGCAUGAAUUAAUAAUUAUUGUGACUUUUACAGUACCCAAUGUGGUGUAUCUGUACACUCAGAUGUUGUAGUGCUGUAUACAAUGCUAAUGAUUAUCUAGUGUAAAACAAGGGUUAAAUAAGAACCUUCAUAUGAAAGGUUCUGUGAUUUAAAGCAGUUAGUUCUAACAUGAGAGGGAUUAUGAUAAUAGCAACAGUCAUGUAACAUCCUCAGUGUCUGUAGAGGAAUAAGUUUACAAAAUAUAGAAGUAGGUAGGGUCUUUGGCAAUCUUUUUGUAUCAUCAGUCUCAAAUGAGAACUGAAGCAGUGAAGGAAAUAACAACAACCAUGAAUUCAAAACUUUUUCAUAAUAUCCAACAGUUUUUGGUCCAUGAGUAGGUUUAACUUCUUAAUGCUCACAAUUCAAGAAUAGUUAUGAAAUGCCAGGUAACAGUCAAACAUCAGUAAUGUCUUUUCAAGUCAGAACUUUAAUUAGUUACUUCUUCUACUUCUCAUUGAUGAUGUUAUUAAAUUUUUUUUGCUUUUCAGGUGACAGCUAUUUGUAGAAAUGAUAAUCCAAAUAUGUUUGACCCAUUUGCUGUUGAGGUAAAGUACUUUGUUCUCAUUAUUGCACUGUUCUCUUUAGUUGUAAGGUAUUUGACCAAUUGAAUAAAUGUUGAAAGUUUAAAACAAUGUGCAUCGCAUUAAAGAAUGAUGUUCAACUCACCUAUUUGUUUAGAGGAAAGGACAACAAUAAAAUUUCAUACGACACUGUGUGUGACCAUAGUGCCCAGUGUGUGUACAGUGUGCAUAUACAUGUAGAAAUGUCAAGAGCUACAAGGAAGCAAUCGCCAUUGAUAUAAAUUUCUUUUCUUCCAACUAAAUGAGCCUCAUUUUUCCUGAAAUUCAAACCAGCAAAACCAAAAAUGUGAAAAGAAUUUGGUAGCAGAGUAAGUUUUGAAACUUAAAGGUGUAUGGUAGAGAAGUUAUAUGUUAUUUAAUGCUUUAAAUUAUGUCUAAUUUUCAGGUGUGUAUGUCACUUUCCAAAAAGAAAGCCAUCCAUAUUCUCUCUGUUACUGAAGACAGGAUAACUCUAUUGAAAGAAAUACCACUUCCAGAACCUCCACUGCACAUGGUAAUGAUCAAAUUUUUUUUUCUUGUAAUAGUGAUAUGAGUCAAAUGGUCACUGAUUUUACACAAAAUAAAUUACUUUCUUAGCAUUGAUGAACAUUCAAAGUAGAAGUAGCCAUUGAUCAUCUCCCAUUGAUAAGCUUUUGUGCAGCUGUACCUCUCCCCAAGGUUCCAUCCCUUCUGUUUCUCCUUAAGGGGGAAGGGGAGGGGAGGGUAAGGCUACAUGUUGGCUACACAGUGAUGAGCCUUUCUUUCUAAACUUCUAUGCCACUCUGUUAUUUUGGCAUGUGUGACAAAAAAUAUUUAUGGCUAAGUGUCAGUAAUUUAAGAAAAGAAAUGAAGAAAUUAAAAAAUCUGUAAUUUGCAAUAUGGAAAUCUGCAAUAUGAAGCAAUAAGUACAUGUAGUAUGUUACAUUCUUUCCCUUUUUACCCUUCCCCCCCCUUAAAAUGGGAGGAUUAAGGUUAGAGUGGUUAUCAAUUUAAAAAGAUUCAAGGGGUGUCCCAGAAAUGGAAUUUAAGGGCUUCUUUUUAAUCAUUGAGUUAGUGACUGAGAUUUUACUUUGGUGUAAAGUGUAACUUUAAUGGUCCUGUUCAUGCUUUAGGCAGUUGAUGGAGGAUCCAUUUGUGUGGCAUUGGCUAAUCAACAUCGUUACUGCUUGGUUAAUAUUCUCUCUGGCAAGGUAUAGGACUAAAUUAAUAGUUGUAUCUCUCAGUUUACAAACUACAGAAAUGUACCUCACAGUGUCACUCACUCAGUUACAGGAUUGCCCUGUAAGUAAUUCUUCCCACACCAUUGAUUGGGCAGAAAAAAAGGGAUAAAAAUUAUGUGUACCAGUAACUAUGAACUGUGUAGGAUUGUCAGACAGGAAAGUAUUUGCCUUUAUGUCAUGAUGUAUGGACCGAGUACAGUCAGAGGUCUGUGUGUCAUGGCAGAGGGCCAAAUACCUUCCCUCCUGCUCAACCAGACUCAGUUGAGAAGUAUUUGUUUUAAAGUUUUAAAACAUUUUAAUAUUACAUUUGAACCUAGGUUCAAGAGUUAUUUCAUUAUGAGGCUGAAGUUACUAAAGGACUUGUCAUGGGUGUUGGAAUGGUGAGUGCUUGUUUGUGAAUCUGUUUUGGGAGAUUUAUGGGUGAAUAGAGAUAUAGAUAGAUAGAGAGAGAUAGAGAGUGCAAUGACAGAGUUUUGUUCAACCCCAAACCAAAGUAAUCCUUGAGGCCAUUCAGAGGAAAAGAAAAUAUCAUGGGAAGCAGAUGAGAAGUCAAAAUUUAAAUGCAUGAGCAGUGUCAAGGGUGGUCUAACCCAGUGACCAAGGAGCUAUUGGUUUCACUUUUGAAUCAGAAUGGUUGAGAAAGGAGGGCAGGUUUUCUGAUUCCAUCAAUGCAAUGUAAUGUGAAAGCUUAGCAAUUUCAGGUUACUUUGGACACAAAAAACUUAAGGUUGCUCAUGCUGUGUGGGCCACUAUUCUUGUCUGCAAGACUUUCUCUAAACAAUUUGAUUUGCCAGAAACUAUAUCAGUGUUGUCCAUCCAUUAGUAAAGUGAAAUUUUGUUGCCUCAUUGUAGGAGGAGUUUUUACUUAAUGGGCCCACAGAUGUCAUGGGCAUGUUUGUUACUUCAGAAGGGACCUCUCAGAGAGCACCACUCAGCUGGUCAGAGAGAUUGCUGGCUCUGGGAUAUUCGUUUCCUUAUACUGUAGCACUUGGAGCCAACUCCAUUUCUGUUCACAGGUCCAAUGUUUAUAAACAAUUAACUAAUUUUUUGCAUUUUGCAUUUCUUUUUUUGGUGCCAAUCUGCAAUGAGCAGAACUUUGAUAAUGUUCAUUAGAUAAAUUUAAAUCUGAAUUAUGUCGUUUCACUUUCUGCUUUUUAAAGCAUCAUAGGGCAAGACCAAAAAUCACAGAAGCAGUCACUUAUAUUCAAGGUAUGAGUAGUUCUGUUAAAAUCUUCUUGAUGUAAGCUCAUUCAUUUUGAGUGUUAUACAUUCAGUUCUUCUUUUACUCCUGUCAUACACUUUCUUGGUUUCUAAAAUAAUUUAAUUCCCGUUGUUUGAUAAAGCAGUUCUAAAUACCUACACUGAUGGCAAAAUAAGGUAAUAAAGUACUAUGACUUCAAACCACGCUCCUGAUUUGAAUUCUUUAUCUUUUCAAGGGUGGAAGACUCCUUCUGAAUUACGAUAAUCAAGUGUUUGUUUGUUCUUCAAGAGAAGUCUACUGCUUGGUGCAGCUUUCGUUCAGAAAACAGGUUAGUUUCUUCAUCUAUUGUUUACGAGCACGUUUUUCACCACUUGCGCCUUGAAUCAACAGAACUUACAAAAUCCAUAGUCAGCAGCUGAGUGGGGUUAAUUGCUUAACGCUAAGCAAUUACUGGGCUCAUGGCUUGCACAGCAGAUUAGAGAUUGAGAGCUCUGGUCAGGGGUUUCAAUGAAACCCAUGCUGAAUUCCGCAGGAGCGUUGUAGGUGUAGGCCAUUUGGUUGGUUCGCAGACUUAACUUUUGAGUGGCAGAGCUGUGAAAAGUCAGAGUGAAAAUGUAAAGGGGAUUGGCUCAUUGUUUCGGCCACUGCCACCAUCUUUGUCACAGAGUUCUUACAAAACGGCUGGCUACGGAAAUUGCUGAGUGAAAUCACUAUCCAAGCCUUACAAUAACAUGCAAACAAAGGGGUUCAAAUCGCAGAUCACGAAAAGAGAUUUUGCUUUGCGCGACCAUCAAGCACGUUACAGGCAUCUCAAGUUCUUUACCAGCAAGAUGAAAAAGUGGAUUGAAUGUCACUAAUAACUCUUAGGGCCCUUUAAAAUAUUGCUUUUGUGUCCCGGGAGGUCGUAAGAUAAAUUUAGAUAUUGACUUCCCACCCAACCAUUGACUAUAUUCACCAGGUGCAGAUGUUGUUAAACGAGAAAAGAGUAAGUGAGGCUCUUCAGCUCGCUCAUGUCGCCAUGGAAACAGCAACAGGGCCGCAAAGAGAUGAAAAGGUACAUUCCUAUAAAAAGAUAUUAAAUAACAACAUGUGCUAUAGCUAAUUUAUUUAUGACCUGGCUGCCUAAGAAUUUUUUCGUUUGUAGUGGGAGUGGAACAUGUAUCAGAUGGAUUCCAUUUUACAUUAUGGCUGUCCAGGAGUAGAUGAAAAAUCUAAAAUGACGUCAACAUCUGAUAAGAACAAAAACGUGCCACAUGAGUCACAAGCAGAUACAGGGAAAAAUAUAAUUUUUUGUGUCAUUUGAUGAACACUAAAUUUAACUAGCUUAAGUACAAAAUUGGCUCGUAAAACUUGUUUUUCGAAUUUUUUUGCAGUUUAGAUAUUUUUCACUAAGAGGACUUCUUGUACAACUUUGUAAAUUUAAAUUGCGGAAUAAUAAAGGAAGAUGAGAGUGAUCAUCGCAGCUAUGAACGCUAUUAACAAGCCAGCUCAAAGUUGGCUUGUUAGCUCAGUUGGUAGAGCACUGCAUCGGUAUCGUAGAGGUCAUAGGUUGAAUCACCGUACAAACCUGAAUGUUUUUCAGGCGUUAUUUUCACAACUGCCUAAGUAGUGUUCAUAACUGCGAAUCAAGAUCAUUCCCAUCUUGACUUCUCGUCUCGUGUCUUGUUUUUGUCGCUCGUAAACAGCUCCUUCUAAACUUUGUUUAGUUGAGGCCUUCACUUCUUAAACUGGAUUAAGUUGUGCAAAGGAAUGGAAACAAUUUUACUGUGACGUGACCUGUGUACUCUGAUACUUAAUGAUGAAUUACCAGCCUAAAGGCGUGUGUAGCACUCAGUUUAUUGCACAAGAUUUAGUAGCCAUAUGCAAUUUAGCGGUUGGUAAGUUGAAAUAUCAUAUCUGUUGCGACAUUUGUUUCAGAUCCUUCAAAGAACGCAACAGCAAGCUGGAUUUAUAUACAUGGCAGAAGGGUACUUCACAGAAGCAAGAAGCCUCAUGAAAGAGGGAGGACUGGAUCCGAGAGAGGUAUCGCUUUGCGAUUUCAAGUGUUCUUUAAGGGUUUCCAAUUAUCUCUGUGUCGGCCUGGGCUAGUUGUUCAAAGAGCGGGUAAAACUAUCCAGUGGAUAUGUAUUAACCCUUUAACUCCCAGAUCAAACUUGUUAUUCUCCUCACUGUCAACCAUACAAUUCUUAUACUGUUAGUUCAGAGAAUUUAGUAUUGGAUCAACUAAUUAUCCCCAAAUUUAUAUUUUUCUUUAAUCUCAUCACUUAUCUGGUUGAUAUUGUAUUGAUAUUGUAAGGAGAAAUUCUGUCCUGGUCACUCAUGGGAGUUAAACGUAACGUACGUAACAUGGGGGUUAACGUAACGUACUUUUCUAAUGUUGAGAAAAUUUAUCUAGUUUGGCAAAUCUCUUUGAAAAAUCGGUUUAAUUGUUCUUUUAGAACGUGGGUAACAUUUAGCAUGGUUUAUCUGCGUUAAAGAAAAAAAAAAGGGAGACCUUUCAUUGUGAUAAAAUCAGUGUAAACGCUUUGCUCACUACUCAACCUGGUUAAACAGUGUGAGUUCAAUUGUUGACUGAUUUUGGCAAACGUUUCUGAUUAAGAUCGUUGCUCUGUCACGUUUAACUAAAAGGCAAACAGCCAUUGAAGAAACAAAACAAAAAUAAAUCACCACCAGAAUUGAUCAUUAUUCCUUCAAAACAAAAAUCGGUUUAAUUGUUCUUGACUUGUCACGGUUUCUACGGCAGUUCCGUUUGUGAAGCUCAGAGAGCAGCUUUGCGGCGUCUAAGUGACUGAUUUUGCAAGCUUAAGAUCGUUGCUGGAUGUAUUAUAAUUUUAAACCAAAAUUAAACCAGAAUUGAAUUAUUAACAUUGUUGCAAAAUGUCCUGGGAGGGAUGUAACAAUGACCAGCUUGUUGCAAAAUGUCCUGAAAGCAACAAUCUUUUGCGUAUUAUUUCGUUUGCAUGUUGAUAUUUUCAUGUCUCGUCUUUUGUUUUCCUUUUUUAGCUGAUAAUCUUAUUUCCAGACCUCCUCUCUUCUAACUGGAAAUAUCUACCAUCCAGAGAAAUAACAGAGCUGAGUGCUCUUGGUGAGCUCAUUAUCGUAAUUUUCGCUAAGUAAUGCAACUCAGACAUUCUAGAUUGGUGGCCUAACAAUUACCGUGCCGUACGGUUUAUCGAGUGGUCUGGAGUCUAGCUUUACCAAGGGCCACUUUGAUGUGUUUUAGGGCAAGAUUUAGAUGUAUACAAACUUUAUUUUCUGUGAAUGUGAUUGUAAUAACUUAGGGUAACAAGUCAAAGGAAGGAGAAGGUUUGCUUGGGUUUGUUGGAUUUCUCGGUAGUGUUUCAUAUUAAAUCUUUGCUUUUUUUUCGCCUUCUUGUAGUGAAAGGUAGUAAGCAGUUUUUGGCGGAGGCCAAGCUAUUCUUGAUGCAGUUCCUUGUGAGUUGGUCCAUUGUCUGUGCUUUUUAUUGCUUUAGUUUGUGCUGGUUGCACGACCCACAGUUAAAGUGAAAAUGUCGCAUUCCUCUUUUUUUCGCCACUGUGAGCGAAUGAUCUGAACAUGGAAAGUUACACGAGCAAAACCAUAUGGAAAGUGCAAAUGUACACGUGUUCUUUCACAGAUGUCGCAAUCCGAUUGGCUGCGCUACUCUCUAUCAAAUUAACAACUAGAUUCUAUGUUGCUGUGGGUCUGCACAGUGAUAGAUCACAGAUGACUUGAAAAUGAAGUGGGAACUGAAAAGUGGCAAAUAAGGCGCAGCCGAGUGUGUCACUGAUGCUCUCACAACAUUUUAAGUCUUCUGUGAUCUACUACUGUACAGAUCCAUGGUAACAUGAAAUCUGUUUGUUUCAUAUAAUAAAGAAGAAAAAUGCUGUCGAUGGUGACGCCAUCUAUGCGUCCAAUAGAUCGUAAAUAAGAAGCAACCAGAAUACUUGUACAAUUCAGCUUAUUAUAUGAUCCGUGAUAGAUGCUGCAUAAAGUGGUUAGCCUCACAGAGUUCGGUUGUCGACAGAAUCAAAUAAAAACACGUACUUGCUAGGUCGUUAAGCUAUGAACGACUGGCAUGUUUAUGCUAGAACAAUCAAAUAAUUCGCUUUCAAUCCUUACGCGAAAUGUUUGGCCUUCGUCGACUAUCAAAGAAAUCUCGAGGUCGUAAUCAUAUUUUUCUAAAAGUAGCUGCUAAAAUCAGGAUAUCAUAUCUUUCCAGGAAGAAACCAGAGAAUCUGCUGAAGAUUCGGGCUACAAAGAGGUUUGUUUGUUUGUUGUAUGAAUCGGUUGACUCUAAAUAGUCAUCUCACUAAGUUUACUCGAUGUUGCAUACUUAGCUUUUUUGUCCUGAUUUACCGUUGUGAUUACUAACAUUUUGGUUUAACGAAGUGCGCUCUUUCUUAGACAUAGGGGGGCUUCUUUCGUCUUUUGUAGGAGGUCGACACGGCUCUGGUGAAGUUAUACACACAAAUAAAUUCUCCAGACUUACUAAGGUUGGUGUCUAAUAGAAACGCCUGCACUGUGGCAGAUACCAUCAGUUGCCUUCAAAAGCACGAGGUAUGUAUUUUAUCAUAUUUAUUUUAUUCUCAUGGUUAGACCUUGACACAAACCGAAUAAACCGUUUAAAAAGCUACACGCAAUCCGUACAUCUUGAAAACUUUUUUCAGUAAAUUUGUUGCUCACCGUUAAUCCGCGUUAAUCUUCACCAUCUCUACCCACCGUUGUUCUUUCUCUCUUUAAUAUUAUCCCUCAAGUCUUUCUCUGCCUUGCCGUAAUUAAAUUUCGACGUUUCUCCAUUUGACGAUAGUCUUGUUCGGUGUAUAAAACGAAGCGCACACACAGCUUCUCUAAGCUAAGAUAUCGCAAUAUCAGACCGACACUUGUGGCUAUUCAGGAGAUCGGCACAUUUAAUUUUAUCUUCAUACCGUUUAACGCCUAGAGGUAGUUAUCAUUAUAUUAAUGAUAUUAUUACAUUACCCAGCAAUAGCUGAUGAGGAUGGACGAACUUGUCAGUCAGAAGGUGUUAUCUUGUUUAAUACCGAACUCACUCAACUGAAAUACAAGGAAAUGUACGACCAUUGCAGAUAGAGAAUAGAGUAUCUGUUAGAUCCUUGCAAUAAAAGGGUUGAGACAACGUCAUGACUCAAGCUUAAAAUGAAAAGAAAAGGGCUGGGCUGUUUUUUGCCGUGACAAAGAAGACGUAGAAAGUGCGUUUUGUCUUUUUUUGUUUUCAGAGGUACCACGCUUUGGCAUUGUUCUAUGACUAUCACAAACAACCUGUGGAAGCGAUAGCUGUUUGGAAAAGGUAUGUUUUUUUUGCAGCUUUUUAUUGAGUUUCGUAAAGUGUAAAACACAAUUUUAAACAAGAGCCCGCAGCAAUUAUAUGGCAGAUGUCAUGCAUAAAUAAAUGAAGGGGGUAAGGAACUGUGGUGUAGCGUCGGUAUGGGGUGGGGUGGGGGUUGGGGGGGGAUAACAAGAUAAUUCUGGUUUUAUCCACCGAGUUGAUAAUGUAAAUUGGCCUCCGUAAAGAGUAUCUAAGCUGACGUUUCGAGCGUUAGCCCUCCGUCAGAGUGAAUGAAACUUCAGAAACUUACCCCUUCAAUUCAAGUUCAAUCUAGAUUAAGUUUGUGCGCUGAAAGAGGAAAUGAAAUAAGUCGCAGCGACUUAGUUUGGAAAACAGUGCUUAAAACAGUGGCUCGCAGUCUCUUAGUCUUGUCUCGUGUUUCUUGAAGUCUUUGAAAACGAUUCAGAGGACUUCGACUUACGCUGGCAAAACGAAAAUCGCAGGAGGGAGCUUGGCCUCAUUGAAAGCUUUCCUUAAUGUUAUUCUCUUAUUGUUACAUUCCCAGACUUAUACAGGAGGAUAUUAGAGAUAGAAACUUCCCGGGGAUAAACUACGUCGCAAAGUAUCUUUCUAGGUAAAGUUUCAUGUCAUUCAAACUGCACUGAUUUUUUGUAAAAAGUUUUCAUGGAACUUGGAAUCAAGCACUGUACUGUAUACUGAAAAUACUUAGAUCGCGAUGGUUUGAGGUCCUUGAUAGAUGCAAAAGUAAUGGUCACUUGUAUCCUAAGGUCUUAUCUGUUGGUGAUUUUAUCGUCAGUUGACGAAUUUUGAGUGAUGAAUGGAAGAAAAUCAACAUUAACUCUCUGUAUGCACGCAAAAAUAACCAGUAAUUGAAAACAGUCAAGCAUUUCCUGAAAGGUUGAUUUCAGUUUUUCUUACCCCAUUUUUAAGGUUGCAAGAUUCUGAGCUUCUCUGGAACAACGUUCCUUGGCUGCUAGCGAAGAAUCAAGAAAUAGCUGUUAAGGUGCAUUAAGUUUAUGAGCAAAUGAGUGAGCGACACGUUAUCGAUGAUAGAAACAGACAUGAGAACGUAAACGGAACGACCCGAAUAACGAAAAAUUUUUCCAAUGAAUUAGCGAUGGAACCGAGGCAUUAUUGUAUUAGAGGCAGAAGAAAAAGGUUUCGUGGUACACUUCCAUUCAGUUUCGCCUUGAUUCGUUGUCUCCUUGUUACAGCAAACCGUUUUUAGUAAAUCUUCGGGAGCUGAGAGUUGUUUGGUGUGAUUACCCAAAAAAAAAGUGUCACGGAAUCUCCAAGGAAAAGAAGAAAGGGAAUUAACUAUUGUACUACGGAGGGUAAACUUUAAUACAAUAUUCUAAUUUAAUGAUGGUGUGAUAUUUUUUGCGAUCCUCUCUGAACAUCUCUGCAGGUUUUCACAGACAGACCAACAGAUUAUCAACCCAACGACGAAAAAAUGAAACCAGACUUGAUUGUAGAAUACCUACAGAGAUUUCCUGUUGCUUUACAAUACUAUCUUGAGUAUCUUGUGUACGACAGGAAAUUCGAGGUAUGACAAAUGUUCGAGGCGUUCUUUUCACAGCACGAAACAACUGCCAUUGCUUUCAUUUGUGAUGUUUCUUUAAACAAUUAUGACCAAACACACUUACACUCAUUGUGACAGUCAACGAGUAAAUGGAAACGUCCCGCCAGUAGUGUAAAUAGCUAUCGAUACCAUUAACGGAUUUCAGGUAUAAAACGCUUUCGUUGCAAGCAUUUUUGUAGGCGAAGAUGAACAACCGUUUUUUUUUAUUUUGAAUUUUAAGGACGUUGACCACAACUUCUGCUCGUGUGGUCUUCGUUUUGUGUCGGCCUUUGAUAAGCAAGCAACCAUAUAUCCCAAACGUAAUUAAGAAAAUAUUUCUUGCACAUUUUUAAAUGGUCAUCCAUCUAGGAGGGGGGCGUUGGGGCUUAUUAGAAACCGCAAAACCGUAGAAAAAAUCAUCCAAAACCGAAAAACCGAAAAAAAAAUCGAUCAAAACCGAAAACCGCAUCGGAUAUCAAAUCCGAACACCCGUCAGUAUUUUUCGCGAAAACCGAAACCAAAUGCUAAAUAACGGAAAAUCCGCAAACUGCAAUGAACACCAAAACCGAAAACCAAAGUUUUUUGGCACAAAAACCGAAAAAAAUAGCCAAAACCGAAAAUCCCAAUACCCCCCUCAUCUAGAGUUCCUCUUUACCCCCACCUUAUAUAAGUGAAGAAGACCACAAAUAAAAUGUUUCAGUUGGAGGAAGAUUUUAAACCCGUGAGGUGAUUCUGAACUUUUCAAAUCGGAAGCGAUUUAGUCACCCAAAGUUAAUGUGCACGCGAUUAUGAGAAAAAUCUCCACCGUUCUUGAUUGGUCGGAAAAUAGCAACAACAGUUUAUCAGAUAAACUGGUUUUUUUUUCUUCUCUAUCGACUUUUUAUUCCUUCAUCAGAAAGAGAAGUAUCACACCCAUCUAGCCCUUCUUUAUUUGGAAGAAGUGUUGAAAAUGAGAAGAGAUCCAUCUUGUUCUCAGGACAAUCUUGAUAAACAAAGGUAUGUUAUUGUCUAGCAGUGAGGAUUGUGUAUGAUUCUCGCAAGGAGGCAUGAACGAACUAGAUAUUUCCACUUUGGACAUAGGGCAUAUCGAUGAAAAGUUUCCAGAAAAAAAGCGCAGGCACUUAUCUUGGUCAGAUUUCUUGGUUUGUUACUUUUAAAUUUGAUAUGUCGGCCAUGCGGUUUGCGAAGACAGCUCAAGGUAUUCCUGUUUUCCUUUGCAGAGUGAAACUGCGGGCAAUGUUGGAGUGGUCUUCUCUGUAUCGAGUGGCUCUGUUGCUAUCCAAGAUCAACGAUGAUUCUGACUUAGAUGCUGAAGCCGCCAUUCUUUAUGGAAAGGUUGGUGUGCGAUUGUUUAGCCAAUCAUUAAAAAGAUAUGAAGUAGUAUUAACAGAGGGGGUGGAAUGACAAUCAACGGCCUGCGGUCAAGUCCAAUUUUGUUCUUGUGUCGCCUGUGAUUGCAAUUUUUAGCCCCUGGUUUGACAUUGACAAGCUUGUAACAGAAUAAAUUUUAAUACUGAGAGCCUGGUUACUUACACUUCUAGAGCAGCGUUAGUUGGUUUGUCGUGAGUAAAAAGACUGGGAUCGCUAUGGUUUCGCUUUUUAAAAUAUCCUCCUUAUGCUAGAAAACUCCCAACAAAUCAGACGCCAAGCGACAUAGAAAGCUAGAACUAGUCACGACAAAAUCGCGACUUGGUCACUUGAGUUUUCCCGCGCUUCGAGCAGUUUCUUUUUUUUGCUGAGUUUUCACUGAAUCGAUGUAAUAUUUUCUGUUUUCUGAUCGGUUUUUGCGAUUAAUUUGGGUUUAGUUUUACCAUAUUCAUUGAAAUGUACACUGUACCGCGCUUUUUAUUAAAUAAUUUUGUACGUUUUUUCAGAUGGAGCAGUACAAUAAAGCGCUGAAGAUUUUAGUUUACAAACUUGAGGAUUUCUCUGAGGCUGAAAGGUUCUGUGAGCUACAUUCAAAGGUGAAUCUUACUCGACGUCUUGCUUUCGUUUAAGUUGUGGUUUGUGACUGUAAUCUCUUUUGGAGUGGUCUUCUACUGCUGAAUAACUUUCAAUUCGCCGAUAUGAAUCCACGAACAGUAAUUAUUACAAUGAAUUUUGAACGUUCAUGAGAAGAUCCAUCCCGUUUGACGUUUUUCUUUGUGAAAAUAUUGCACCUCAUUGAAAUGAAGAUCACUCCUUGUUGUUGAUUUGUUCCCCAGAUCUGAUCCCCAGCGGUUGCUUUAUUUGUAUACAAUUUAACCCUUUGACCCCUAUCAGUGACUAAAAUCCAAUUUCUCCUAACAAUAUCACCCCUGAAUCAUACAUUAAGGUCACGAGAAUGAAGGGAUGGAUCACCAACUGAAGAAGCUCUUGAUUGUUGAACAAAUUCUCCUUAUCAGCACCUAAGGAAAUGUAGACAGAUCAAUAAGGAGAAUAUGCAUACCAUUGUUAGGGUGUGAAGGGUUAAAUGGGUCUCAACAUCAGCUUUUGAUCUUAAACUGGUCAGCGUUUUGGUCAUGCAUGGUUGUCACCUCUUAUUCUGCAGGGCAAAGACAGAAACUUUCGUAUGAAGCUUUUCCAAACUUUGUUAGAAGUCUACCUUUCUCCUGAUGAGUAAGUGAUAAAACUUACGUUUUGCAAAAGUUUUAUCGUCCAUUGCUUGGUUGAACUUGCUGAGUAGUUCUAAUAAGCUUUGGCAACCUCGCAAGUUUCUCAGGGUACAUGCGUUGUCUCAGUCAGAAAAAUGAAGUUUUAAAUUUGGUGAAAAUUUAGAGUUUUAGCUUGCGGUCUUGAAUAAAAAUCCUUCGCUUGGUAUAAUUGAUUGUCCUGUUAUCGAAGGAUAAAGGAGAAAUAAGAAACUUUAAAUGAGCAAAUCAAGUUUUUGUUCUGUGUCUCACAGGGACCACGAACCAUUAAUAGCACCAGCGGUUGCACUUCUAAACUCACAUAUGUGUGACUUUGACACAGCUGAGGUAAGCAGUUCCUUUUUCUGAAAUACGUUUAGUAGUUUUGCUGAUGCACAUUCGAUAAAAAAAGAAAAACGUCUCCAAAAUAGACCUCCACCCAGCUUGUUACGAUGCAAUGACUCCACAUCAAACAUGGCCGGUCGGAUAAACGAUCGUGAGCUUGAAAUGUCUAAUAAGACGCCUGCAUUGCAGGCUAAGGUCAGUAAACCAGCCCAAACAUGACCACCGACGAGCAUCAUAGCCGGAAUCAAGUUACUAUAAUGAUCAAGGAAAAACUACUAAAAGACAAAAACUGCGUGUCCGAUCUUAUAGGCUUUUGAGUCUUUAUAUCUCACCGUGAAGAAUUGCGUAACAAUCAGGAGAACUUAAAAAAAAAACUCAUAAUAAAGUACUAAAAAAAAAACCAAUUUCGAAAUGACAUUCAAUUUCGAAUGAUCAAACAUCAAGACAGGAGAGACAAUAGUCAGGAAACGCAAUGCAAGGGUGAAGAGUAACAAUUCUUGACCUAAAUCACAAGGGCAACCUUGAUAUAUAAUUAACUGAAACACAUCUCAACAUUUUGUUUAAGUUAUUGCUUUUUUUUUUCCAUUUUUCUAGGCAAUGAAGCUGAUUCCUGACGAAUGGUCGAUCGGUGUAAUUUCUCAGUUCCUGUGUGGUUCAGUUCGAUCAAGUCUCCACAAAAGUCGCACCAGUAAGAUUCUUAGCAGCCUAGCUCGCGGAGAAAACCUCAAGGCAAGUUUUGUACCGUGCAGGAUGUGACAAAAACGUGAAAGCUGGAUUUGCUCAUAGACAUGCAAAGCACAAGAAAAAUUAAAAAGCGAAGUAAAUCGAGAAGUAGAAAAAUGGCCUACUUUUGUGGGGAACAUAUUGUCUCCAUCAAAAUUGUUCCAGGUGGUAUGUCAACAUUACUACAGUCAUCAAGGUCUAUAGAACCAUAGGUGUUGAAAGGCAGUCAUAAAGAAGGAGGAAAAACACUCUUCACUUCGGUCCACGAGUGCACAAGAGAACCAGCAGGAUAAUAUUUAGAUAUUUUGGCCUCACUGUUGGGUAAAAACAUAUGUGAAUAAGACCGAAAUGACAAGUGACCACAAAGUGAGCAUGCUUGUGGAUACAAUAACACGAACGCCACAAACUCUAAUGUUAAUUAUCUUUCAUGUCUUUUCAUUUUGAAAUAUUUUAUCUUUUGAAUUCUGGUUUUUAAUUAGUUUUGCUUUUCUUUCAGAUGCGAAGUUCGCACAUGAUCUCCCAUAAAGCUAAAUUUUCAGUGACGGAGGAAAAGUAACUUUUUUUGUUGUUAAUGCAGCUACGUGUCAGUUUGAUCAUAUUUGAAAUUUAGCCUAAACUUUUUUUCACCCUGCCAUCCUCUACAGUGAUUCUCAUCCAAACCAAAUUCUCUUGCAAAGCUCAGUUUGCACUAAGUAUCGAUUUGACUCUUUCCCUCCCUCCCUCCCACGAUCAAAAUUACACAGUAUCCCCUAGCUGGUAUUCUUCUUUCUUCUCAUCACCUUUAUGCUUGAAAAUGUCUCGUGCUUCAAGCGAAACUCCUUUGUGGUUAGUCCUGGGAAAGAGAGGUUUCAUACAAAUGAGAGGGACUGAGGAGACAGAGAAAGCCCAUGAGGCCUUUCGGUCCACUGUGAUUAUUUUCAGUUUUCUUGACGGAAACGGAUGUCUGUUUUCUGGCACGUUCGAUAGAAACUGAUUGACUGCAUCUUUGAUUUUUUUAUUUAAUUUUAUUUUACUUUAAGACUAUGUCAAGCAUGUCGGCGGCCGUUUAAUGACCCAGCUGUAGCGCGUUACCCGAAUGGCGUGACGACGCAUAUACACUGCGCAAGAAAUAAGACUGUUUGCCCCGUGACGGGGCAUGUGUUCUCAUCCAAAGAACAGCAUCGGGACGAGGUCAAUAAAGACGACAGAGUUUGAGGGUGUUAGAAAUAAAACGAAAUAUCAGAAUUUCAUCUCACUUGGAGUAUUAACAGUGGAAAAAAUGCUGGAGAAGUGGUGGAAAUUGUGCUGAAAUGUGCGGCGUAGCUAACAAUGGGGGAAGUAAUGGAGAAAUGGUCAUUUUGUCAGGCAUCGAGCAUUCCGCGAUGAGAAGCUGUCAUUUUUUACCAUCUGUUGCUUUUUGACUUUGUGUAUAUAUUCAAAUAUUUUAAAGCUUUUAAAGAGGAGUGAAAAUAUAUUUUUAUAUAAUUUCUGUAGGUGAUAUACAGGAAGCCUAGCUCUUGAUGUAAAUUGGUUGAGAAAAAGAAAGGUAGACAGAUGAAAAGAGAAAAAUUAUGAAAUGAUGAUGUUUGAAACCAUGACAUGGAAAAGGAGACCACGUUUCUGAAGCGGCGAAGGCGAAGACGAAGAUAAAUUGAUAAUUAUUUGAGUUACGUGGAUGAAACAGAAAAAAAAAUCUUAUUUCCGCAUGACUUAAAAAGAACAAUUUUGAGAAUAAGCGCUAAAU